AUGCCGAACCUCGCGAACCUCUCCACCUCGGAUUCUCUAGCCGUCGCUCACUGCCCUAAUCUCAAAUCUCUCUCGGUCACAGACCCGCCGGAACAUAGCUGCUCGGUCAAAACCCUAGGCGUUGACGGCGACUGGGACCAGAGGAGGAUGGGGCUCGCGACUCUGCCCAACGGCAACGGCGCCGGAAGUUCCAAUUGCAAGAGUUUGGAGGAGCAUGUGAGGGAUUGGGUCUGCCGCAGAUUGGAAUUGGGGAUUUCCGAGUCCCGCAGCUCAUUGCCUUUCCUUUACGGUGCAAAGAAAUUGGCCGAGUGCCAGAUUUGCCAUCAUUUUGUCUACCCUGGGGAGGAGAUCUUAUGCUCUGUUCGUGGCUGUCAAGGACCCUAUCACCAGGGAUGUGUGAAGGAAAGGCUUCGGAUCUCUAACAUGAAAAAGUUCACUUGUCCGCAACAUGUAUGCUUCAUUUGCAGACAGAGGUUACACUGGCGCUGUGUACAUUGUAUUAUAGCAUCCCAUGAUAAAUGCGCAGCGUGGCCGGAUAAAGUGAUUCAUUUAGUAGACCAGCCAGGGAGAGCUGUUUGUUGGAGGCAUCCAACAGAUUGGCGGGAGGACAGGAAGCAUGCAGUUUCAGCAAGCAAUACAGAGGAGGUAUUCUUUCGGUUGCCUCUGCCUUACACUGAAGAGGAGUUCAAGAUUGACCUAAUGUGGAAACACAGGGAGAACAAUGUAGAGCCUCCUCCAUAUACGCAUAUCAGGCGUAAUAUUUACCUAGUCAAGAAGAAGCGAGAUGAUGAUGAUGAUGAUGAUGUUGGAUGCAGCGGUUGUACAUCUGUAUGCUCUGUGGAUUGUGUUUGCAGGCUUCAAUGCAUAAGUUGUUCAAAGGUUUGCCGUUGUUCUGAAAAUUGCACAAAUCGUCCAUUUCUGGAGGAGAAGAAGAUCAGAAUCGUCAAGACCGCACACUGUGGUUGGGGAGCAGAGGCAGCUGAAUGCAUUAAGAAAGGCGAUUUCAUAAUCGAGUAUAUUGGGGAAGUUAUUGAUGAUGCUUUGUGCGAACAAAGGCUUUGGGACAUGAAAUACAAAGAAGUGAAGAAUUUUUAUAUGUGUGAAAUUCGAAAAGACUUCACAAUUGAUGCUACUUUUAAAGGAAAUCCAUCACGAUUUCUAAAUCACAGCUGUGAUCCGAACUGUGUCCUUGAAAAGUGGGAAGUUGAGGGGGAAACACGUGUCGGUGUGUUUGCUGCAAGAUCAAUAGAAGUUGGAGAGGCAUUAACAUACGAUUAUAGAUUUGUGCAAUUUGGACCCGAGGUGAAGUGUUAUUGUGGUGCAUCAAAUUGUCAAGGGUACCUUGGCUCCAAGAAAAAGAUUUGUAAGAUGGAUCUUUUCUGGGGGAAGAAACGCAAGAGAACACCCACUGCUUGCAUAGCUAUCCUUAGGGAAUCUCUGUCAACAAUUUCUUAA